CCCAGCCUGGCUUUGGAGCUGAGAUUUGCUCGAUUUUCCUGAAAACUGGCAAAUAGGACCAUUUUCGGGAGCAUUUGUUCUUCUGUCCUAGCCUGACUGCUCAUGAUCACUUGUGUGACCAGGGAGUUGAACAGUGUGACACCACAAUGCCAGAGCCGUAAAGAAAAUCCAAGAUCACAGCCUCACGCAAACUCUUGUUGAAGAGUUUGAUGCUGGCAAAAGCGAAGGAGGAAUGGGAACAGGAGAUUGUGGACAAGCAGUCAGAGAAGGAAAGAUACCUGUCUGAGCGGAUCACACCACUGCACACCAGUGGGCUUUCCUUGAGCCAGCUCCAGGACCUGUGCAGGGAGCUGCAUGAGAAGGUUGAAAUUGUGGAUGAAGAGAGAUACGACAUCGAAGCGAAAUGCAACCAUAACACUCGGGAGAUUAAAGAUCUGAAAAUCAAAGUGCUUGAUCUCCGAGGAAAGUUCAAGCGACCCCCCCUUAGGCGAGUCCGUGUCUCCGCCGAUGCCAUGCUGAGGGCUCUGCUGGGCUCCAAGCACAAGGUUUCCAUGGAUCUGAGAGCCAACCUAAAGUCUGUCAAGAAGGAAGACACAGAGAAGGAGCGCCCCGUGGAAGUGGGCGACUGGCGCAAGAACGUGGAGGCCAUGUCAGGGAUGGAGGGGCGAAAGAAGAUGUUCGACGCUGCCAAGUCCCCCACGGGCCAGUGAGAGGAGCAUCGGGAAGAAGAGCCUCCCCAGCCCUGCUGUCUGCCUCCCUUUCCCUUGCUGCCCCUCUGUGCUCUUUACACCCUCACCCCGAAUCCACCGCCAAGCUGAAACACGUGGACAACUGUGUGGGAAGGAGAUCUGAGCUUCUUUCUUGCAGCUUUGUCAUCGACCCCACACAGCCCUGGCACAGCGGCUCCCCAGUAUCACCCGCAUGGGCCAUGUCAUCUCCAAGAGGUCACCAUGCAUCCCUACCCUCCCUACCACUGCAGAGAGGCCCUAGAGAUGGCUGCUGGCCCUCCCACUUCCCCAUCCUCCACAAGUGCAGCCUGAGAUGUACCUGUGCGGCUACAUGUGUAUUAAAGGACAGUCUCCCGG